AUGCGUUAUCUUGGUGCGACUCGUUAUUUAUCAUUGAGUAUGCUUGCAUGGGGUAGUAUCACUGUCGGUUUGGCUUUCGUAAGAAAUGCUCAAGAACUACUAUCUGUUCAAUUUCUUCUCGUAAGUGAAUCAAAUUUAUACGAAUAACAAAAUAUCUUUGGCUUUUCGUGGAAGGGCAUGACUCAAGCAGGCUUUUUUCCCAGUAUUGUCAUAUAUUUCUCAUUAUGGUAUCGUAAAAGAGACCAAACUAUGAGAAUAGCUAUUCUUUUUGGAGCUGCCAUCAUUUCCAGUGCUUUGAGUGGUAUUCUGGUAUGCACUCAUCCAUUUCAUAACCUACGUGAUAUUUAUUUUAAAUUUAGGCGUAUGGUUUCACACAUCUGGAUGGUACUCGUGGUCUGAAUAGUUGGCAGUGGAUGUUUUUGCUUGAAGGUUUGCCGAUGAUUCCUCUCAGUAUCAUAACCUGUCUUUUUCUCAGCAAUAUACCCGAUACUGUACAAUGUAAGAGUUCAUAGGAUAGUAAGAAAUAUUCUUAACUGGUUUAUUUUAAAAAUUAAGGGUUGAAUAACAGUGAAAAACAGCUUUUGACAAAUCUUCUCCGACACGAUGCAGGGAUAGCUAAUGAUGAAAAUGGUCGACUUUCAUGGCGACAAGCAUUUUAUGUUUUUGUCGAUUGGCGAAUCUAUUUAUAUGCACUAAUUGAUAUUGGUAUUUUGAGUGUGAUCAAAUAUAUAAAUACGUAUCUUCCGUUACUUGUCGAAGAUAUGGGAAAUUCGAAAGCUGAAGUACAUUUAAUGACAGCACCACCUUACGUUUUCGCAUUUGUGUGUUGUUUAUUGGUUAGUUAUUCGUCGUCGACUAGAAAUGAGCACGGCUUUCAUCUCAUGUUUUGUCUAUCUAUUACUCUAGUCGGCUUUAUUCUUAUGCUUACUCUGAUCGAUCGAGGUCAAGCGGCACGAUAUGUCAGUAUUUGUAUUGUUUGUUGUGGCAUAUCCUCGGCAUAUCCUUUGUUACUCUCUUGGCUAACAAAUAAUGUGGGCGGGUAUACCAAGAGAUCCAUUGCUAUCGGCUUCGUUGUGGGUAUUGGUCAAAUUGGUGGAAUUAUAUUGCCUUUUGUCAGACUGUUGCUACUAUUGCUAAAUUCACAACUAUUUUUCUUUCUUUGUAGAUGUAUUAUGAUGAGUCAACCAAUCAACGUAACGAUUUUAUUUAUAUUGGAAUGGUGGCGGCUAGUUUGGUUCUUGUCAUUAUUUUGCGCAUCUGUUUGAUAUUGGAGAAUCGUUGGCGAGAUAAUUUAUCACGGGAGAAGUAUGAUCGUUUAGCAGCUAUCAAAGAGUCUUGCGAUUGGGUUAGGUCAUUUCUGAUUAACUUACCCUUUUUUAUCACUGUUCUUUUGCAGCAUCCCCAAGUGCGGUACGUCUUGUGACAUGCCAGCUUCAUCUCGUAGCUGACAAAUUGUACUUAUUUUUCUAAUCAGAUUCUUUUUCGAAUAAUCUUAAAAUUUGCCGAACAACAAGUUAACGUCGUAUGGUAAACGUAUUUCAAAAUUAACGCUUCAAGAAAUGGCGCAUCACAUUAGAUCGAUAGCGAGUGCUGUAACGAGCAAACAUUAAAACGAUCUGCCAAUUGUUGCAAUAGCUAUGUAAGAAAAACAGCAAAAACUCCUGUUUUUAAUCUAUUUUUUGCUAAUUAAAAAUUUCUUAAAAUCAAUACUUCUUGUAGUUUUUUUCUAACUACAAGAAAGAAAAAACAUGAUAUUGAAUGAAAAAAUAAUGAUGAAAAUAAGUAUAUCGUUGUUCAAUUACGUUUCUUAUCACGUGCACGGUUCAACACGUCCCUAGUAUUCAUGAUAUUGUAUGAAAGGUUAAAUUGUCGUAUAUUCUAAGGAUUGUAGUUGAUGAUAAUUGAAAACAAUCUUAUAUGGAUAGGUUUUAAGAGCGGCACUUUCCUUUUAUCCAUAAAAAAUUCUCUAAAAAGCACUAAAGUAGUGUUUCAAUAGUAAUUACUCCACUCAUUGAUUCUUAGGUUUAGUCGAUUUGUAUAUCAAAAUGAGGUUCUUUUUUUCCUCUAUAACCUGAGAUAUAAAUAUUUAAGAAAAGAUGGUCUUAACGAAUUUGAUGGAAACAAAAGACAUUAGAACUGAAAACAGUCGGAAGAAAAAAUAUUGAAAUAUUAUUAAUGCCAAUUCACCACACGCUAUUUGUAUAUAAAGUGAAAGAUAUGAUGCUAUCGUAGAUUAUUCAUGCAAUGUUGUUGAUAUUGGAGAGAAGUUGCCGCUAUGUUACCAAGUAGUUGGUAACAAUGUCGUUAUCCGUUACUACAUAACGGUAACUGCCCGUUACCCAGUAAUGCUGGCAGUAACGCAAAAUUUCUGACUUUAUAAAAGAAAGGCUAUUUCUCAAAUAAAGUUUGAUCAGAGAUUUUUAGAGUUGAGGUAGAUAUUUCCAAUGAUGGCUCUCAAAAUUUCUGGACUGGAGAUUUCCAUUAGACAACGGGUAUUUCUUGAAAAUAACAAUAUUUGAUAGAGUUUGAUCAAAGCUUCUUGAGGUCGAGGAAUCGCAACUGCAAGAUGGUUUUUCGAAUUUUGGGGGCUUGAGAAUCUCACUAGGAACAGACUAUUUUUCAGGAAGACUUCUCUUCACUAUUAUAAGGACAAAAUAUGGUAUUGUUUGAGCCAUAUGAAAGAGGACUUCUUCUAACUCUCUCUGCUUGGUGCAGAUAACGCUGUGUUUUGUCCUUACAAUAGUGAGGAAAGCCUUGCCAAAAUCUGAUUGGUCGAGAGGAGAAAGCUUCUAGCCAAUCAUAUUGCAGAAAAUGUUUUCAACACGAGGGUGUGGGUGUGGGUGUGGGUGUGGGUGUGGGUGGGGGUGGGGGUGUGGGGGUGGGGGUGGGUGGGGGUGGGGGGGGGGGG